UAUUACAACGGGCGGACUGUUUGAUACCAUCGGCACAAGAUCCUCCCCGCCGGGACCCAGGAGAGAACACCAACGACGAACAAGACGACUGCACCACCCUUUGGCACCCAGCACUUGCUGGUUUUAAGUGAUUGAGCAAAUCCGUCUCACGCCCAACUACCUGAAGUCAGCCGCCAGUCAUGCGCGUCAAACCACCCCAAAUUUAUCGAGUAGCAGCAAAAGGCCGAGCCCCACGCACAAGAGCUGCCUCCACCACACCUGCUAGGAAGCCAACUCCAAGACCAUCACCAUCAUCAUCACCGCGACCACCAAACCCAUCCGCAGCACCCAGCGUCGCCGACAUCGCCGCGCUAAAAGCCGAAACCGCCCAAAAAUGGCGCCGCAUCAUCCUCACCGUCGCCUUCGCCUCCGUCACCAUCACAGGCACCAUCUACGGUGCCGGCCUCAAGACCCAGCAGGAGUGGAAGGCGGAGAAGCAGAAGGUGCAAGAGGCCGGCGCAGACGAGAAGAUUGCCAUUUUAAGCCAGCAUAAGGCCGAUCUGGAGCGGCAAAGGGGAGAAAUUGAGGGAAAGUUGGCUGAGUUGAGGGCUCGGAUUAAGGCGAAUGUUGAGCCUGGUGGUGGUAGCGGGACGACAUGAUGAUCUUGUCUACGCCGUCGACGGCCAGUUGAAUAUGAUGGGGAUGGACGAAAUGAGGUAAGGGAGAGGGUUGGCUCCUCAUCUCACCGUGCCCUUCGACUAGUACUCGAGCUCAAGCUGUCACCGAAGGAUGCCUCUGCGAGUUGUUCCGGUCAGACGAAGGGAUGGGACCAUAGGAGAUACACAGUGCUUAUAUGUGAGGUCCACAUACACCCGGCACAGGAACCAU